CAUAUCUCACUUGGCAAAUGUGAGUGGCAAUACUUUCCUUGAUCCGCCAUCAGACCGUGCCAGACAGUGCAGCGUUUCUCCGCAGAUCUGUCGAGCUGUGCACAGACGAUUAUUAUUCCGUUCGGAUUCACCCCCGUAUCAUAUUUUAUAUUCACCUUAGACAGUGGACAUGUGGGGUUGAAGCCAAGCUGACUUUGCUCGAAGAACUGGUAUAUGUACUAUACCGACAAACGCCACGAGACUACCGGACAACCCAAACUUCCCAGCUACGAGAUCGAAGACUGGCGGAUGAGGGAUCGACUAAAGACCGUCUCAGCAGCUCUGGCCGUAUGCCUCAACAUAGGUGUUGAGCCGCCUGACCAGCUUAAGACGAACCCGGGCGCUAAACUGGAGGCCUGGAUAGAUCCUUUCUCUACCAAAGCCCUGGAAAACAUUGGCAAAUCCUUACAAACACAAUACGAGAACAUCUCUCUGCGUACUAGGUAUAAGCAGUAUUUGGAUCCUUCGGUUGAGGAGACUAAGAAGUUUUGCAUAUCGCUCAGAAGGAACGCCAAAGACGAGCGCGUCUUACUGCACUACAAUGGUCAUGGUGUCCCCAAACCUACUGCUUCUGGCGAAAUAUGGGUCUUCAACAAGAACUACACACAAUACAUCCCCAUUUCGCUUUAUGAUUUGCAGCACUGGUUACAAGCCCCUACCAUAUUCGUCUGGGACUGUUCAGAAGCCGGCAACAUAAUCAACAACUACCAUCGAUUUGUGGAAAAGCACGAAGAGGAGGAGAAGGCUCAGGCUCAAGCAGAUCCCAGCUAUGAAAAGAUCAAGUAUGGGUCUUACCUGCACCUCGCUGCUUGUGCGGUCAAGGAGAAUCUCCCAACGAACCCCAACCUCCCUGCAGAUUUGUUCACUGCAUGUCUCACGACGCCCAUAGAGAUGGCACUGUGGUUCUUCGUUUUACAGAACCCGUUGAAAACCAAGCUUACCCCCGAAAGAGCCAAAAAGCUUCCUGGUCGUCUUCAAGAGAGAAGGACACCGCUUGGCGAGCUCAACUGGAUUUUCACUGCCAUUACUGAUACAAUUGCUUGGACCUCUCUCCCAAGACAGCUGUUCAGGAAGUUUUUUCGACAGGAUCUCAUGGUUGCCGCCCUGUUCCGCAACUUCAUCCUCGCUCAGAGAAUUAUGACCGUCUACGGGUGUCACCCUCAAUCUUACCCGGAAUUGCCAGAUACUCAUCAACAUCCGCUUUGGGAAAGCUGGGAUCUCGCCGUUGAUCUAGCCUUGGCGCAGCUUCCGAUGCUAGAACAAAAAGAGACAGAAGGUAUCGAAUAUGAGUAUCAGAGCUCUACUUUUUUCACGGAGCAGUUGACGGCGUUCGAGGUCUACCUCGCACGGGGCGAUGCAAACCUUCAGAAGCCGCCUGAGCAACUUCCUGUUGUACUCCAGGUCUUGCUUAGCCAACAGCACAGAGUCCGUGCCCUCAUUCUUCUCGGAAGGUUCCUGGACCUGGGUCCUUGGGCCGUACAACUGGCCCUGAGCAUUGGUAUCUUCCCUUACGUGCUGAAGCUCCUCCAAUCUGCUGCCGCUGAGUUGAAACCGGUCAUGGUCUUCAUUUGGACUCGAGUUUUGGCCGUCGACAUUUCUUGUCAGCCUGACUUGAUCAAGGACAGCGGCUACAACUACUUCGCUCAGAUAUUAAAGCCUAAUGAGCAGUUGCCCGUUGCUAAUAGCGACGAACACAAGGCCAUGUGUGCUUUUGUACUCGCCAUGCUGUGCAAAGGGUACAAGUCUGGUCAAGUGGUAUGCAAUCAGUCUGACAUCAUGUCUUCGUGCUUGAUGCAUCUGAGGAACGAAGAAAACGUCCUCCUGCGCCAGUGGGCGUGCUUGUGCAUCAGUCAGUUGUGGCAGGAUCUUCCCGAGGCUAAAUGGAGAGGUAUCAGGGAGAACGCACCGCUGAAGUUGGCGGCCUUGGCGAAAGACCCUUGCUGCGAAGUGCGGGCGGCAGUGGUUCAUGCUUUGACGACUUUUCUUGGAAUUCCUGACCUCACGGAUGAGGUUGCUCGUAUCGAAGAGUCGAUAGCCUGGACUCUCCUUGACAUGGCGAACGACGGCAGUCCACUCGUGCGCAAAGAACUACUUGUCUUCGUGUCACAAUUCGUGCUUCGUUACGAGAGCAAAUUCUUGGUGACCGCCUUUGAACAACUGGCUGAGGAAAAAGAAUACUUGCUUUACCCACCCCAAGAUGAUGGCUCGGAAUACAAGCUGGGUCUUCACUAUGUGCGGCCAGCUCACCGCAAUGCUGACGGCUCUGUUAGGGUCACGUCUCAGGGCCUAUCCCAUAACACAGUCUUCGCAGCUUGCUGGAAGCAUGUCUUGAUAUUGACAGUUGACCCGCAUCCUGAUGUGCAGAGGGACGCAACAGUCGUCGUAGAUUAUGUCCACAAUGCGCUCUUAAUUUCUUCAACUGGCGUUUAUGCACAAAGCAUGAUGGAGGAAAUCACGAGGCGUGUUCACGGGUUCAGGGGUCAUAGACAGCAGCCGUCUGUUAACCGCAAUAAUAUUAACGGUCUAUCCUCCGCUGACAUGACAGCGCCGCUACCUUCCCCAGGCUUGCUGAAACGCACUGCUAGUCUCUUUUUCCAAAUACCUAGUACGAUCUGGGGAGGAGAAGCAAGCCCGGAUGCGCCGAUGCCAUCACCCGGCCUUGUGCGCAAUGGUUCUCAAAGAAUUAAGUCAAAAGCAGACUGGGCUGCUCCACCUGAGCAGAAUGACCAUCUUGCGGCUCCUUCAGAUUACCACGUUACCGAGGAGCCUGUGUCGGGCGGUUUCAAAGAGCGAAAGCUUGACAAACCAGCGGCACUGCCAUUAAGGAGUACAUUCCUGGAUUGGUCUGUCGAGUACUUCCGUGAGCCUCAAAUGAAGCCCACAGAGUCAGAGGAGCCCGGCAGCACCGAGUAUAACGAGCGGCUGUGGAGAAGGUCGCGGAAUGAGAACAUUCUCCGAGAGACGCAGCCACAGAAGCAAUUCGCCGGAACCCAUCCCUGGAAAAACCAGCUUUGCAUUAUGAACAAUGGUGCUCAGCCAGCAAAACUGACUUUCCAUCAGUUUGAAGACCAUCUUGCAGUAGCAGACGAUGGAAACACGGUCAAUAUUUGGGACUGGAAAAAGCAGCAUCGGAUAGGUCAUUUCUCCAACGGCAAUCCUGAGGGCUCAAAGAUUUGUGACAUGAAGUUCAUCAACGAGGACGACAACGCAUUUCUAAUGACAGGUUCAUCCGAUGGUGUGCUACGCGUCUAUAGAAAUUACGAAGCAGAAAAGUCCACGGAAUUGGCAAGCGCCUGGAGGGCACUCACCCAUAUGGUGCCAAGCAAUGUCAACUCUGGCAUGGUUUUCGACUGGCAGCAAGUCACAGGCAGGGUCUUGGUAGCUGGCGAUGUCCGCGUGAUCCGGGUAUGGGCGGCAGCUUAUGAGACCUGCGUUAUGGAUAUCCCAGCCCGCUCGGGCUCAUGUGUAACAUCGCUGACCUCUGACCAAAUGACGGGUAACCUCUUUGUUGCCGGGUUUGGUGAUGGUGCUGUGAGAGUCUUCGACACUAGAUUACGACCACAAGAGUCUAUGGUGAAGAAAUGGAAGGACGAUGCCGACCGCCAAUGGAUCAAGAGUGUCCACAUGCAAAGAGGUGGUCAGCGCGAGUUGGUAUCUGCCAGCCGGAACGGUAAAGUCAAGCUCUGGGAUAUUCGUGCAGAUAGUCCUCUCAAGGUCUUCCAGACCACUCGCGACACCGUCAGGACUGCGAGCACCCAUGAACAUCUGCCUGUAUUCUCAGUUGGCACAUCUACCCACAAUGUCAAGGUAUUCAACUUUGAGGGGAAGCAGCUUUCGGGUGUAGAGCCAUACUCAAGCUUCCUGCAACAGCACCGUGGUGCCCCUAUCUCAACCACCGCCUUCCACCCCCAUCGCAUGAUACUAGGUUGCGCUGCUCGUGGCGAUCACCAUAUCAAUCUCUUCACCUGCGCUGAAGAGAAGCCUGGCGACUAUUUCCGCGCCAUCUAAUACUAAUCCGUGUCGCCUUGCCAUCGGCUAGAGCCUCGCGCCUCAAUCAACACCACAGCUGCCUAAGAUAUGGCAAGAGGUGCAUGCCCUUGAAAAGGUAGAUUUCUAAACAAGAAGAAUUUUAAUCAUGACGCCCCGCUGAAGAGGAAUUUUUU